GCUCAUCCAGCUGUGUUGCGAUUGGGAGAGAGUGCCAAACGCCGCUUAGCGCCGGUGUGUACGGCAGGUCGCGAAGAGCACGUGAGUGUUUCCCAACACUCUUCCUUUAUCCGCCCUCCCUUUCCCUGUUCCCUUCCCUUUCCUCCGACUCAUCUCUCCCAGUGCCACACACGACACUACCGAUUUUUACGACUAUCAACUACUUUCCUUGACUCCGUCACAAAAAGCCGGACGAUGGCUGCACCAACCCAGGAACUGCCGCCAUGGUUGUCCUACACGACGAUCACGCUGCCGCAGACGACAGAGACGAGCGUAGUUUUUCUGCCUCUCACUUACUACGGCCCAAGUAUCCCACUUGACUCAGACUGGGUAUAUGGAGGAUUGACAAGUCCUGUCUCGACUUCCACCCCAGCCUCGUCUUCUAUUCCUCUCACAUCGUCCUCCGCUCUCUCUUCUUCUACCCCACUAUCCACCGCGCCACCCAGUUCCUCCUCCCCUUCGCAAAGCUCGGUGUUGAGCUCAGCAAUUUCAUCGAGCUCAGUAUCAUCAACAUCGCCCACGACAACAUCCCCAUCCUCCUCGUCUGCCAUGCCUUCCAGCUCGAGCUCAAGCAUAGCAGUAGCCUCAAGUUCCACAGGCCUAUCCCACGGUCAGCUCAUCGGAGUCAUCAUUGGCUCCAUCCUCGGCGCUUUCGUACUCUUUUUGCUCUUCUUUUCAUGUUGUUUGCGCUGGUGUAGGCGGAGAAGAGGCGACCCAAACGAUCCACAAACACUGCAGAAUGUGCCCGCUUCUCGUGGUCAACGAAAGACUUCUGGUAGUCGUUUCACCGCUCUUCUCCCCCGGCGUCAACGUCGAGCGCGGACAAGGUUUACGAUGGUCACCCCUGGCAAUGGCAUUGGUUCGACAGACGAGUUCGAUGCAGACUGGCUAAUGGUCCAAACACCCGGCUCUCCCCCAACUCGUCCAACAGAGCCAGGCACAGGUCGCACGGAGGUCGAUCCUUUCCUCACGAGUGCUGGUCUACCCAAUCCACAUCCCGGUUCAGCAUCAGGAAACAAUAGUGGCUCUGGGUCGUCCCGCGAGACAGGUGCGACUACAGGAAGCAGCGGGACAAAUGUCAGCGGCUAUGGAGUACUGUUGGCUCAUCCGUCACUGUCGCUUCCCGACAACCACGAAGGGAAUCCAUUUGACUUGCCUACAAGCUACUCGGGUGGCAACAAUCAUGCUCUUCCUCCAGGCGCCGCUCCACCGACAACUACCUAUGCCAAUAUCAUGCCUGGACGCCGUAUUCUUUCCCCAUCCCAGCUCGCAAUGCUGGUUGAAGAAGAGGGCGAACGGGAAGUUCUGCCACGGCCAUCUGGCGAACUCCCCAGGAACUCCAUGCAAGGCUCUCAUAUCAGUGGUGAUGAGGAGGGCGAAGUAGUCUAUGCGAGACGAGUGGCGGUGUCCGGUCCUGAUACUCCUCCCGAACUUCCGCAAGCUCAAACUGCUACUGCCACUCCCUUCCGCCGGUCCUGGAUUCCUCGCUUCUCUUGGUUACGGGACUCCCGUGGUUCUAGGGAAAUCGAAGAUGAUGUUGAAGCUGGUACUGGAUUGUUGUUUGAUGCAUCAUCUCCUAGUGCACCUUCCUCACCAGCUGGCCCGAGGUCCCAACAACGCAGCAAACGACCUAGCGCGGAGAUGCGCGAAUUUGGCACGAAACCAUUUCCUGGAUUUUUGUCCUCAUCACGACCAGCAACACCGGGAUCACGACCAGUCAGCGGUGCCGCAAGGCCCCUCAGCGGCGUCAGCUCAGAUGGGACAAAUGGGACAAACGGCAGUGGAAAGAGUGGCGGAACUGUGUAUACCGAUGCAAGAGAGACACUGAGCACUCGUGGCUCCAAUUCUCGUGUUGGUACCGGACCACCCACUCAACAUGAUCCGAUGCCCGAAAUUGAUCCCGAUACCACCCUUCGAGCUGACCCGCUUGAUGCUCCUGCCCCAGUUGCAUUCGCGCCGUUCUCAUCCGCCGCCUCUUUACACCAUUCUGCCUCGAGGACAAGUCUGACACACUCGGCAUCAGAGGCCUCGUUGUCUCAGCAAACUCAGCCAACACUUUCGCACCACGGCUCAUCCGAGGGGCCGGCGCACCCUACAUUGCUGACCUUGACAAGUGGCAGCUCACCAUCCGCGAGCACCCUUGCUACGACAACGACCAAACCCGAAGCCGCAUACGCUUUUGGACCUCCUGGUCUAGGAUUCAAUGUUGACAGUCAGAAACCUGGCAGUGUUGGCAGUUGGGACAAAGCGGGUCUGGAGAUGGGCUUUGCCAGGGCUGCAUCUAUCGACAAGCUUGGAACCUUCGGAAGCGGUAAUCGUGGUGUCCUUCAAGCACCUGGUCCUUUUGCGCCUCCCCCGCUUCCCGUUUUCAAUGCUCCACCGCCGCCUCGUUCACCUCCACCAUCAGUUUCGUAUGGCUCAUCCGGCACUCCUGGAAUUCGUAUUAUUGGAUCCUCCAAUUUGCGCUCACCAAUGGAUCUUCCUCAGAGAGCUCCGCAUCUAAGUCUUGAUUUGGAUGAUGCUCCGCCCGGCGCAGAUGGUGGUUGGCGUUUGCUAGGUGGAACUGGCAGCACUCCUUCGUUGCUUAACAACGAGUGGGGUGUUGGCGUUGGUGGACCCGGUAAAAGAGGGACAUUUGGUGGCCCAUCGAAUACUGCGGCACAGUAUGUCUCUGGCUCCGGCGGACCUUCCUCUGAGCAUGGCUCUCUUCAUUCUCGCCUCGACAAUUCAAUCAACUCCAGCUCCCUCUCCUCCCGUUCUAUCCACUCUCGCAACCAAAACAAUACAUCUUCAUCUUCGAACUCAAACCCAACUCCGCAUUCUCAAUAUCCCUCCUCUAACUCUGCCCGAUCACGUGCUGCUUUAGGACGACCCAUCUCUGUUCCUGGACCAAUGAGUCCCGCAAACAGUGCGUUUGGUGUACGACAUUUACCAGAAAACUCCGGAUCCAGUGGGUCUGGGAAUGGCCAUGGGAACGAGAUGAGCGGGAGUAGCUUGCCGAGAGCGAGGAGUCCUGCUAGCCCGACAUUGAUGGCAGCUGCCCCUUGGGCUGGUGGUCUGGGUGAAGAUUGGCGGGCGACGUAG